UAAACAACAGCUUGCCACCGGAAGUAGAAAUUGACACGCCGGCAAAGUUUACAUUAUUAUCAUGGCAGUUAGGAAAAGAAAUCAACUCAACCAGAACAGUAAUAAUGCCAUUCAAACGCAGUCUGAAAAGAAAAAACUUACAAGGAAAUCAGAGUCUAAAGACAAAAACACGGGAGAUUCGGAAAAUGCAUUCAACUUUUCGUUGACAUCAAAAGCAGUCAUUUUAAUUUUAGCUAUAGCUAUAACUGUUAUCCAUAGAAAUCAUGUGUAUGGUAUGUUUGAAAGAGAAAGACAUUUUUCCCAUUUGUCAAAUCUUGAAAGGGAAUUGGCCUUCCGCACAGAAAUGGGUUUGUACUAUUCCUAUUACAAGACCAUAAUUACAGCACCAACAGUAGUCCAGGGAUUAUACUCAGUUAUGUAUGACAACAUCACAGAAUACCCUCUGACAAUUAAUGUACUAAAAAGAUUCAACUUAUACCCAGAAGUUGCGCUUGGUAUCAUCUACAGAACAUAUUCUUCUUUCUGUGAGACAUUUGGCAUAAAAAAUAAGAUGUGUUGGACAGUAAACAGAGGGAAGGAUUUAAGUCCAGUACAAAGUUGUGAAGGUCUUGGAGAACCAACCUAUUUUUAUGUCGAAGUUGUUUUCUGGUUGAGUGGUAUAAUGAUGGGAACACUUUUCCUGUUUGGUACAUUUUUGAGCUGCAGUCCAUAUGGGGGAAUUCUUACUGUGUUGUCCUUCUUCUACAAUCACGGAGAAGCUACCAGAGUUAUGUGGACUCCACCACUUAGAGAGAGUUUUGCGUUUCCUGUGCUUGUGAUACAGAUAUUUUUAGUAACAAUUUGCCUGAGGAUAAAAAAUCCAGGAUAUAAACACAGUGCCUUCAUUUCCAUAGCAACUAUAAGUUUCAUGCUUCCAUGGCAGUUUGCCCAGUUUGCACUACUCACUCAGACUGUUGCAGUCUUUGGUACAUAUGUUCUUGGUUACACAGACUCGCAUAAGAUCAAAGUUAUAUUGUAUGGACUGCUGAUUGGUCUGUUGGUUAGCUAUUUAGCUUUAUUUGGUAAUGAAAUGCUGCUGACCUCAUUCUUUGCAUCCUGUUUGCUAACAGUGCUGAUUAUUGUCAAUUUAGAACCAGUGAUAGAAAAAAUAAGAUUCAGAAUUAUCAUCAUAGCUAUACAGGGCAUUUUAUUGAUAACUGGAACAGUAGGCUGUAAAAUAUUAGUUUCCAAAUUCCUUAAAACUGCUGAUGAUGCACACAUAGGAGAAAUAUUCAGAAGUAAGUUUGGAGAUUUUAAGAAUUUCCACACAAUGUUGUACACUUGUGCCAAGGAGUUUGAUUUCAUGGAACCAGAGACUCCUGUGAAAUUGUCAAAGACUUUAUUAUUACCAACUGUGUGCAUUUUGGUAUGUUUCGCUGUCCUUAAGUUACUUAAAGAGGAAUAUUUAGCAUGGAAGAGUCCAUCCUCCUAUGAUAUGCAGGCAGACAGAAAUAUGAGACUGAAGCCUAAUGCUGAGAUUGUGUAUAACCUGUUCCAGUGUGCAGCAUUCACACUCAUGGCUAUCAUGAUAAUGAGAUUGAAAUUGUUCAUGACACCCCAUCUUUGCUUGAUUACAUCUAUGUUAGCAUCAAAAAAGAUUUUUGGGUGGAUUGGAAGCAGAGAAAAACAGUUAGUUUUAGUGACAAUUAUUGCAGCUGGAAUGACAUACCAGGGUGUAACUAAUCUCCAACACCAGUGGUCUAUAAUGGGAGAGUACAGUAAUGUUCCAUUGGAAGAACUAGUGGAUUGGAUCAAUGCAAAGACUUCAAAAAAUGCCGUGUUUGCUGGUCCAAUGCCUACUAUGGCAACAGUAAAACUGACGACUUUGCGCCCAAUAGUUAACCAUCCACAUUAUGAAGAUGCAGGACUUAGAGAACGAACAAAGAAAGUAUACUCUAUGUACAGUAGAAAGCCUGCAGAAGAAUUGAAACAUUUAAUGAAAGAAAUGCAGGUUAAUUAUGUGAUUUUAGAAGAUUCCUGGUGCAAUAGAAGAUCCAAACCAGGCUGUCAGAUGGCGGAGAUCUGGGAUUUAGAAGAUACAAAGAACAGAGGAAAGGAACCACUUUGUAGUAUUUUGCAAAGAGACCCAAAACCAUAUUUUAAAACUGUUUUUAAAAAUGCUGUAUAUUCAGUUUUAAAGCCUAUUAAGUGAAAAUCCUAUAAUUGAGUUUUUAUUUACAAAACAAAAUUUUAACAACUUAUCAGCUUUGCAUUAUAUUAUAUAUAAUAUAUGACAGACUCGGUACCAUUGAUUAUGGGAUUAUAAAUCUCAAAAGUUUAUUACCAAAUUAUAAGUCUAGUCCUACUUUAGAAUUCAUACUCCAUCAGUAACUAAUUAAGGAUCUUUUUCUCUAAUUAUUAUCAAAUAUAUUCUCAUAUUUAAUCAAUAAAAAUCUCCUCACAGUGCAUCCCGUAUUCUAUGUCAUAUAUGAGGUUUCUCAACAUCUUACGAACGGACGAAAAUCGCCUUAACUUGAUGUAACUUGCCGUAACGAAAAAAGAUGGAGCACUCACUCUAUUCUAAUUAAAUCGACUAUCGGAUGUGCACUUCCUUUCAUUAAGAUGUAUGCAUGCAGGUUUCUUUUAAACCAUUUUGAGUUGUGGACAUAUCAGUAUAUAACUAACUAUAUUACAAUCAGUUUUGAUGGUGCUGUAGCAAGCAUACUUGUCAUUAGAAUAUACACAACUCUUAUUACUUUUACGAUAUGAAUGAUUCCCCUCCCCAAAAACAUUUAAAAAAACAUAUAGAUAAAUAGCGGUUUUAACGACAUGACAUAUAUAUCAAAGAUGCACGAAAAAUGCCGCCUUUUCUUGCUGUUAGGAGUGGUUCCUAUUAUUUAUUAUUGAAUUCUAUCGAAUAAAUGUGGAGAUAAGUGAAGAAAUUAAAUUGUCUUAAACGACAUCUUGUCUUCUUUAUCCGUUUUUCGUCGACUUUUGUCGAGCCUGCGACUUUUGUCGAGCUUGCAACUUUUGACGCAGAAAGCUCGACAUAAGGAUAGUAAUGCGGCGGCGGCGUUAGCUAACUUCUUAAAACUUUAUAUUUUAGAAGGUGGAAGACCUGGAUGCUUCAUACUUUGUAUAUAGAUGCCUCAUGUAACGAAGUUUCUAUUAGUCACAUGUCCAAUGUCCUUGACCUCAUUUUCAUGGUUAAGUGGUUACAAGUUAAGUUUUUGAGUUUUGGGUUUUUUCUCAUACUAUAUGCAAUAUGUCAACUAUAUUUGGUGUAUGGAAAUAUGUUAUCAUCUAUAUGUCAGUCACGCAGGUUUUAUUUGAUCUUGACCUCAUUUUCGCGGUUCAUUGCUCAGUGUUAAGUUUUUGUAUUUUGUUCUGUUUUUCUUUAAACUAUAAUCAAUAGGUCAACUAUAUUUGUUGUAUGGAAGAAUUGUAAGCUACAAAUGCCUGCCUGUCAUGGUUCAUCUGACCUUGACCUCAUUUUCAUGGUUCAUUUGUUAAUGUUUAGUGUUCUUGAUUAUUAUGACAGAUCAUGGAAGUAUUAUAUUGACAGGAACUCCAACAAGCAGACUUCAAACGUUUAUAGUGCGAUGCCGCAAAAUCUUUAAGUAUCUGUUAAUUAACUCGACAUGUCUUUUGGAUGCAUGGGAUUUCAUCAAAUUUUUGGAACCUUGUGAAAGAUCGUAAUUACGGAACAUACCGAAAUAAACGGAUGUAUACUUAAUUGUCAAGGAAAUGACAUUUACUGACAGUGUGAAUGACAAAUAUGUCAAUAUUUACGAGUUUUGCUGCUUAAAAACAAAUAAAAAAGAAAUGAAACGAAAUUCUCGCAACUGUUUUUAACACAUAGAAAAAAAUUAUAGAAAAAACCUGAGGAGUAAAAAUACUCAGAAGCAAUACAUAUUUAAGUAUAAGCAAGGAUUUGUAUAGAAAUCCUUGGUAUAAGUACAAAUGUAACAGACAAUCUUAAAAAAGGAUUUUUUAUUCAUAAGACGGUCGUUGGCUAAUCACGGGUAACUGUAUAUUUUAAGCUUGAAAAUCAUAAAAUUUUCAUGUAAACUAAACAGAAAAGUUAUCAGUAAUAACUAUUGAUAUUUCGGAACUGUUUAGCUUUUUUAAAAACACACCAAUAAAUUCAAAUGUGAUUUCCAUGAUAAAAAAAAAUAACUGCUCAGACACAAUUAAAGUGAUCGUUCUUUAAAUGCAUUCAGAAAUAUUUAAAGCCAUCCGUAAAAAUGAAUCUGUCAAACAUCAGAAUAUUCUCGGACUAGGUUGAAUGUUAAUAUUUAUUUACAACGAAUUAUCAUAAAAGGUGUAAAAAUUAAUCUGAUUGACUCGUAACCUGAUAUUGCUAUAUAUAGAGGACAUCACAUGACUUUUUUUGUGUGUAAUUAUUAACAUCUUUUAGUCUUUAAAAUAUAUUUGAUAAGUAAGUUAAUAUCAUUUUACGAUAGAGAAAACCAUAUAUCUUUGAGUUACACUCGAUAUUAGAGUUUACGAUCUUUUACUUGAACUUUAAGUUAUCUGGCGCCAUCUGGCACACUUCACGCGCAUCACAUUAUUUUCUGCUAACACACUACUACUGACUCACUUAAUUUUUAUAACACGAUAUUUUCCGAUUUUCUAGUUAUAUCUAACAUAUAUAAAAAUAUAUCUAACAAAACCAAAAAUAAUCUGAACUUCUUUCCAAUUAUAGUUAAUUUUCUUUUGUCAUUCUGUGAAAUGUGGACCGAUUUUUUAGAUUGUUUCAGCUGUAGUUUUUAUUUAUUGAACAGAAACAGGUGUCGUUGUCCAUGUAGCGAUUCGCAAAAAGCCACAGGUGUUUCCGUGUUUAUUUACAUUGGUAGGUAGACAAGCCCUUCGAUAACAGAUCACGUGAUAAGAUCAGUUUAUGUAAACUUUACAGGCGACAGAGGCAUCGCAGAUACCCCACAAAGGAGUUAUCACGUACUUGACAAACUGAGUCGGAAGCUUUUAUUUUCUUAAAGAAAUCAGUGGGAUCCGAAUGUGCUAAUUUUUCGUUGGAGUUCCUGUCAAUAUAAUACUUCCAUGGGACAAUCAACAUAAUAUCAAUGAUUAGUAAAGAAGGCGAGACAUAUCAGCAUGUGCACUCUUGUAUUAAGUAUAUAUAUUUAAAAAAGUUACUUUACACUUAUACAUGUAUUUUUAUCAAGCAGAAUAUGUGAAAAAAAUGGAUUAUAUAACGAUUUUUGUGUUAGACCUAUGUUGCCACCUUUGAUUUGUUUAUGAAGUGACAAAAUUUCAUCUCUCUGUAACUUUCAAAAUUCAAUCAUUAUUAUUUGUCCACAAAUAGGUAUAGGAAAAGAUUAGUCUACUUUGGUGGAAUUAUAAGAACUAGCUACGGUCAUAGGCACUGCUGAUAUAUUAGUAUGUUUGGCCUACAAAUCCACGCAAAACAUCUCAAUAAUACGGGUCCAAUAAUACAGUGAACUGCUGAUCUCACGUAGAUAUAGAGUUGUGUUUUUUAAAGUCCAGCGCACUGGAGUGUAAAGUCUGGCGCUUUAGAUUUAAAGUACAGCGCAAAAGAUGUUCAGUCCAGAGUUGGAGAUUUAAAUAUUAAAGUUGUGUCCUCUCAAUCACUUUUCAAUUCUUUAUCAAAUGUUAAAAUCGUCGUGAAAUGCAUGAAAUACUCGUCACUGUAAGUUUUAUUAAAAAAAAACAUCCAACAAUCACUCAGUCAAAUGCAAACCAAAUGCGCAGGUUUUUUUAACAACGACUUUUAAAAACAUUGUUCUUUUUAAAUGGAUAAGGGAGAUCAAUCAAACGCAUAUUCGACAUGUAAAUAAACGAAACUCAACGCAUUGUUAAGCAACAUUCAACAACACAAAUCCAAUUGGAACAAUAAUGUUUAACCACAACAAUAAAUUACAAUGUUGCCAAAUGAAUAUUAAACUGUUUACUGUUGUCUUAAAAGACGCUGCAAUAUCGUUAGAAAUUUUUACUGCAUAAAAUUACAGCUCCCUAACGAUACGUUCUUCGAGUUUCGUCCAUAAGUAAGAUGUUGAGAAACCUCUAUUAGCAAAGUUGUUAAUAUAUUUUAACACCUGUUAGCACAUUUUGAAUUCAAAUUCACAGCUUUCAUUAUACAUUUUUUUAAAUUAAUCUUUUUUAAACAUUAUCUAAAGUUAUAUAAUUGUUUUUACAAUACCAAUCCAAAAAUAAAAGUAUAACAGUUUGAGUUUAGUUUAGUUUUCGCCGUACCUACUCAAGCGAGAAAACCAAUCUCGUUAAGAUGACCAACCAUAAUCUAAAUAUGUACUGUUUUAAUAAAUUCAUAUAAAUCAAAGAUACUGACAGGUUUUCAUCGUUCCUACAGCAACUCAGGUGUUGGAUUUAUACACAAAUAGAUAAUAUUAAUAAUAGUUCACGAACAGAGCGUGCAAUAUAUUUAAAAGCAGUUAAGUUUAUUUACAGAAAAGUUUAUCUUUUAACAUGUAUUUUUGUCAUUCAGCUUGUUGCUAUUGAUUAAAUAUUAAAUUCCACUAAGCAGUUUUUGUUCUGCGAUUCAUGUUUACUGUCGAAUAUUGAUACUAGAUUCAUUUUCACUGUAUGGGCGAUUCAUUCUAUUGUAUAUAUUUUGCCAUCUUCGCUAGCCAAGGGUUACGAUCCACUCCCGUUCUCUGAGAACGGGAGUGGAACUGGAUUGUUACCCUUGGAUAGUGAAGAUGAUAUUUUUCAUUUUCACAAAAGAAAUUAAUUUAUGUUCAUCAUCUAAAAUCAGCUGACUCUCAAAUUAAAUUUAUGAAACAGAAGGUUGAUUUUAUGAUUGAAAGUCUGAGGUAGAGUCGUUCUUGAAUAUAUUGUUUUGAAAAUUGAUCUAUGUUUUAUUUCAACAUGUUAAAGUAGUUUUUUGUUCCGGUCUGAUGAUUUAAUGCAGAGUUAUGGUCCUUGGACUUAGAAAAUUCACUGAAAUAAUAAGUUUUCCACACUUUCUUUCGUCAUACUUGAAGAUAUUGAUUGUAAAAUUGGUAUAUAAUUUAAUUAUGACAAGUUACAGAUCAAAUUUCGUAUUUUUUUCUGCUCUAAUGAUUGUGUGCAGAGUUGUGGUACUAGGACUUAGAAACAUAACUUAAAUGAUCAGUUUUCAACACUUUUUUUCUCAUGAUUGAAGAUAUUGACUUGAUAUUUGUUACAUAGUCUACACCAUCACAAUUUAUAGAUCAGGUUAGAUUUUUGUUUUCAAAACAAUGAAUUUUUAAUUUGUAGGAGAUUAUGUAUUACAUGUACCAUGAAAUAGUCACAGAAUAUUAAUUUCUGAUAUGACAUUGAAAAGUUAUUUAACUUUAUUCUGAGAAAACACACAUUCAUGUUUAUUAGACAUUUUGAAGAUAAUAACAGAUAAGUUUAACAGAUUUUAAAAAGACAUUGUAUUUAUGAAUAAUUACAUUAUAUGUAUGUUUCAUUAUAAUACUUUAUUUUGAUUGGCAAACUGCACAUCAUGUGUUAUUCCGUAAGCAGUUGCAUCACUCAAUAAAACGUUUCAUUCAUGAUAACACGUGGUCCCACAAUAAAGUGCACAGGUGAAUAAAAUACAAAAAGUAUUCCGCGCUUCAUACAAAAGUACUUCGGUCAACGCUCUUACACCCCAAUAAAAUUACAAAAAGAAGCAUUCAAUUCUUAAUUAACAAAAUUUUGAAUUCUUGUUUCUUUUGUUUGAUAAAUUGUUUGAAGAAUAAGCAUAUCAAAGAACCCAAGAAUUUAAUUUUUGAUGAAAUUAAACAAAAGUUAAAUUUUGGGAUCCUUUGGACAAUGAACAAAGCCCAUAUCGCAUAGUCAGCUAUGAAAGUCCCCGAAAUGACAAUGUAAAACACUAAAAACGAGAAAACGAACGGCAUAAUUUUGUAACAUAUUUUUUGUAUCAUAUUCAAAAGUUUAAAUAAGCCCAUACCGCAUAGUCAGCUAUAAAAGGCCCGGAAAGCUUGUUAUUUGUAAAUUACAACAUUUGCAGAAGAAAUAUAUUAAUGAAAAUCGGCAAAGAAAUAUUUUCCUUAAUUUGUGUACAAAGAAGUAAGUUCGGUAAGACCACUUUUUGGCCCCAAAAUAUAGCAGUUUUACAAAAUUGUUAAAAAAUAAACUUAACUAUUUAUUGGAAAGUAAAUACUUUUCAGGCAUCAUUGUCAAUAUAAUGGAAAUUGCGACUGUCGUACAAGUGAGCGGUUUAGCGCUAUAAAACCAGGUUCAUUCCACCAUUUUCUACAUUUGAAAAUUCCUAUACCAAGUCAGGAAUAUGACAGUUGUUGUCAUUCGUUUGAUGUGUUUCAUCAUUUGAUUUUGCUAUUUGGUUAGGGUUUCCGUUUUUGUGACCCUCGGAGUUCAGUAUUUUUGUGAUUUUACUUUUUUCUGUUACAUAAAUAUGGGCGGUUUUUUGACAAUGCAAAGCACAUAUAUCGAGUACUCGCAUCAUUAAGUCAUGCUUAAUUAAUGAAAUCUUCACAAUUUUAGCAUUUGUGUUUAAUCUUUUUAUUUAAAUGUUAGUUGCAUUUGAUGAUAAUAGUUAUCAAAAGUACCAGGAUUAUAAUUUUAUUCGCCAGACGCGCGUUUCGUCUACAUAAGACUCAUCAGUGACGCUCAGAUCAAAAUAGUUAAAAAGCCAAAACAAAUACAAAGUUGAGGAGCAUUGAGGACCCAAAAUUCAAAAAAGUUGUGCCAAAUACGGCUGAGGUAAUCUACUCCUGGGGUAGGAAAAUCCUUAGUUUUCGAAAAAAUUCAAAGUUUUGUAAACAGAAAAUUUAUAAAAAUGACCAUAUAAUUGAUAUUCAUGUCAACACCGAGGUGCUGACUACUGGGUUGGUGAUACCCUCGGGGACGAAACGUCCACCAGCAGUGGCAUCGACCCAGUGGUGUAAAUAGUUAUCAAAAGUACCAGGAUUAUAGUUUUAUACGCCAGACGCGCGUUUCGUCUACAUAAGACUCAUCAGUGACGCUCAGAUCAAAAUAGUUAAAAAGCCAAAACAAAUACAAAGUUGAGGAGCAUUGAGGACCCAAAAUUCCAAAAAGUUGUGCCAAAUACGGCUAAGGUAAUCUACUCCUGGGGUAAGAAAAUCCUUAGUUUUCGAAAAAAUUCAAAGUUUUGUAAACAGAAAAUUUAUAAAAAUGACCAUAUAAUUGAUAUUCAUGUCAGCACCGAGGUGCUGACUACUGGGUUGGUGAUACCUUCGGGGACGAAACGUCCACCAGCAGUGGCAUCGACCCAGUGGUGUAAAUAGUUAUCAAAAGUACCAGGAUUAUAAAAUUGAGAGUGAACAACAGAUGCGACCACUUUCUUUUUGACAAAAUCCAUCUGAAAAAUGACAUAUUAUAUCAUAUUUGAUAGAUUUUUUUAAAAAUCACAUAAACUAAUUGAAUCGACUGAAGUAGAAACUUUUAAUAAGUGUUUAAAAAACAUCAAAAAUUUUUUAACAGAUGAACCUAAAAUUUGAGGCCAAAAUAGACCCUUACCUUUCUCAUUAUUUCCCAGUAUUAUUAUUUUGGAGAUGUUGAGAAGUAUUUUUGAAACCCAAACUCAAUAUUAGUGUUUUAAAACUGUUUUUUCGUAAGAAUGGGCAGAAUAUGCGCAUAGUUUUUUAUAUAUAAAAAAAAUAGUUCAAAUGGCAGAAGAAACUUGUCUCCCCACUGGGUCACAUAUGGAUAUUUCGUUUUCUAGUUUACGUAAAGUAAUAUUAUCUGAUUAUGCUGAUCAUGUUAACAUUUGAUAUAAUACUAUCAAUUGAAAAGGGUGAGUAGGACGUUUGUAAGGAAGAAACGAGAUUUGAAUACCUAAUAGGCCAUUUAAUACAUUCAUGUUGCACCGGUAGAGAACUUUAUUUAAUUUUAUCUUAUUGAUGUUAAGAUUGUUCAUGAUGAAAAUUAUUGCUUUAUAUGUAUCAGGGUUUGCAGUAAAAAUAUUGGUAAUGGAAGUGAGUUACAUUUUACAUAUUUGAAAUAAAUUUAUUUCUUACUUA